UUGCCCGUCGCUAAAACCGUCCGCCCAACACGCGCAUCCCUCAAAGCCUGCCACUUCCGCUUCUGCUCAUCCUGUGCUCAUCUUCUCUCUCUCGAGAGAGAGAGAGAGAUCGGAUGCAGGGCCUGCAUGCAGCAAAUAAGGCAAGGCGUUUAGAGGAUCGCGCGUGCGCAUGCGACGAUGCACUCACACACUCGUGACUCACGACUCACGACUCUUCUGCAGCCGCGGUUCUUCCUCUCUCCAGGGGCGCGCGACGGCGCGUGCUGCAUAUAUGCUGGGUCAACAAGCAUCAGACGCACGCCACGGCACGCUGCGUGCGCGGUUCAAGCGGCUCUUGAAGCGCUCGCUGCAUGCUGCAGCUGCUGUCCUCGAAGCACAGCACACAUCACUUUGCAAGCCAUGCUCGACGUUCGACACGCCCUUUCUUUCGCAGCUCCUUCACAUCCAGUCACGAGUUCGGCACCAGCCAUCCAGACUGGGCUGUGCGGGUUAUGGCAGACAAAGAUGUACAUACAUGCGCCUGCUCACGCGCUGCUAACUAGACUCUCGUCUGAUGCGAGUCAAAUGACCAUCGAUAGCCUGCCGAUUGGUCCUCUUGCCCCGAUGGCGCUCACGACGGGUGUCAUUGAUGGCCUUCAGCUGCAUCAGCUGGCGCCUUGCUGUAUCUCUGCGCCGCUAGAGCAGCGCACAACAGAUGGACGGAUCUCGACGAGAAUCUGUAGGAAGGUCUGAGCGAGGAGCACUCACGACUCGCGAGGUCACGAGUACGGUACAGUAGUCACGAGUGAAGAGUCGUGAGCUUUGACGCCGCUCCGUUGCUGAACGCCUUUCCAAGCCUCGUCGCCAACCGCCAAGCAAUCGCAGCGCUUGCCCAGACCGCAGGACGUCACAGGCUCACCCUCUGUUGUCGCUCCUCCGUGACCAAAUAUAGGUGCAAUGUGUGCACAUCUCUUAAGACUUACACACGUACGUCAACGUCAUCAACUCACAGCUCCAAGAGGACGAAAGCGGCCCAAG